GUACAAAUAAGUAGAAGGACGGAAUAUUUUUUUAAAAAAGAGAUCAAAUAAAACUAAAAAAGAGGAUGGCGAGCAGCUCAGAGGGGCACAAAGUGUUCGUGUAUGGAAGCCUGCUAGCGGACGAUGUCGUUGGAGUGCUGCUGAAACGCGUCCCUCAGUCAUCUCCAGCUAUCCUCCAUGGCUUCCAUAGGUUUAGCAUAAAAGGACGUGUUUAUCCUGCCAUUCUACCCGUCCCCAAGAAGCAAGUCACCGGCAGGGUGCUGUUCGGGAUCAGUGAUGGAGAACUAGACGUUUUAGAUACGUUCGAGGAUGUUGAAUAUCAAAGAACAAGCGUCGACGUCAUCACGGAUGGUGAUGAUAAAUUACUACAAACUCAUACUUAUGUUUGGGGUGACGUUAGCGAUCCUAACUUGUUUGGCGACUGGGAUUUUGAGGAAUGGAAAAAGACGCAUAUGGAAGAUUUCCUCCAGAUGACUUGUGGUUUUGUGCAAGAGUUGCAACUGCCCGAUUCCAAGCCUAGAGUCGCAACUUACGAUUCCUUUUUUCCUCACCAAACAUGACGAUGAGGACGCUUUCAUUCAGAUUAUAUUUGUCCACCUUAUUGUAAAACCAGUUACAGAUUUGUGCAUGCAUUAUAUCUGCUUCACAAGACAUUCAAUUAUUUGUUUGUGCACUUAGAUAUAUGAUACGCUAAUGAUGCAACCACUAGAUUGCAGCGCCAACCAAUACUGCAACUGUUAGCUUUCAACAA